ACCAUUUUUUUUUUCUCUUUUCUUCUUUCUACUCUUCUCUCUAAUCAUGCUUUGUUUCAAGUUGUGUUUAAUACGACUAAAAUUACAUUAAAAAAUACCCAUUUUUCGUUUUCUUUUAUAAACUUUUUUACACAUGAUAGUCAUGCAUGCACUUAAUCCUAGCAAUAUAUAAUUAGAAGUCACUUCUCAUGUGUCCAAAAAUUUACCCCCCAACAGUUAUUUUUUAUUUUUUUUACUUUGGUUUAUGAUGAAAGAUAGUAAAAUAACCGUCUUUGUAAAUGACCUUUACAUACGCAUCAAAAGAGAAGCAAACUUAAGCAAUUUUCAUAUCAGAACCACAAUAAUACUCUCUUUGAUGCUGACUUUCUUUGCUUUGAUUCUAGGUCUCUUCAUUCAUAAUCGUAUCCUAAACUUCUUAAGCUCAUCAGACGACACUUUCUUUCCUCAAUUGAAUACACAUUCUCAUCCCCGAAACGACACAUCUUACAAUUCUGAUUUACCGUCGUGUGAGUUUUCAAAGAGGAGAGUGAAAAUGGAAUUCGGAGAUUGGAUAGCUCCUAAAGAGUUACAGCAUUCGAUGAGCGAUGAGGAACUGUUUUGGAGAGCCUCAAUGAUACCAAAUGUUGUUGAGUUUCCAUACAAUAGGAUCCCAAAGGUAGCCUUUAUGUUCUUGACAAAAGGUAAAAUGCCUUUGGCACCUCUAUGGGAAAGGUUUUUCAAGGGGCAUCAAGGUCUCUAUUCCAUUUAUCUUCAUACAUCACCGAAUUAUACCUUUGAACCACUGAAAUCUUCAGUGUUCUAUAAUUCUAGAAUACCAAGUCAGGAUGUCCAAUGGGGAAAAAAGACAAUGAUAGAUGCAGAAAGAAGGCUACUAGCAAAUGCCCUAUUAGAUUUCUCAAAUGAGAGAUUUAUAUUACUCUCUGAAACAUGCAUUCCCAUCUUCAACUUCACUACAAUCUACACUCACCUUAUCAACUCUAACCAAAGUUUCUUGGGCUUAUUCGAUGACCCAAGACGAAGAGGUCGAGGCAGGUACAACCACAAAAUGUGGCCUACCAUCUCGAUCUCUGAUUGGAGAAAAGGAUCGCAAUGGUUUGAGGUUCAAAGACGAUUGGCAAUCGAGAUAGUAUCAGAUUCGAGGUACUAUCCAGUGUUUGCAGAGCAUUGUAGACCUCCGUGUUACAUGGAUGAGCAUUAUUUGGCAACAUUAGUGAAUAAGGUUUGCCCUAAAAUGACUACUAAUGAGAGCAUCACAUGGGUUGAUUGGUCUAGAGGUGGCUCACAUCCUAGUACUUUUACUAAGAGAGAUGUUUCUGAGGCCUUUCUUAAUAAAAUAAGGCAUGGGUUUAAUUGUACUUAUAAUGGGAGAAUGAGCUCAAUUUGUUUCCUUUUUGCUAGGAAAUUUCAUCCCAAUACAUUGCAGCCUUUGUUGAGUAUAGUACCCAAUUUGGUUGGUUUUAAUGUCUAGUGCUUAAUUAUGUAACAAAUGUUACAUAUUUCAAUGUGUUAAAACUCAUACACUUGUAAGAUCAAAAUCAUUUGUUAAACUAUAAUAUCUUAAUUUGUAGGGAAUACUAUGUGUAAGAAAUAGAAGAAAAUAAGAUCACAUUAUACUAUUUUUCUCUUUCA